ACCACCUUACCGGUGCAGCUCUGCCAAGCACACAGAUCAAAGACACCGGUAUUAGUCGGCGGUGCGGAUUAUGACUGGAGGUAUCUCUUGUUAACACAGCGAGAAGAACUCACCGCGCCAUCUGACUCUCAGAUCCUCCUAAACCUGGAGCCAUACCUUGCUUUUAUUUCCCUGCGCCGCGCUGUAGAUAACGUUAAGGCAAAGAAAUGUCUGUGGUGGGAUUUGACUUGGGCUUUCAAAGCUGCUAUGUAGCUGUAGCCCGAGCAGGAGGGAUCGAGACGGUCGCUAACGAGUACAGCGACAGAUGCACACCAUCAUUCGUAUCCUUUGGACCACGAAAUCGAUCUAUAGGAGCAGCCGCCAAGAGCCAGGUGGUGACCAACUGUAAGAACACGGUGCAGGGCUUCAAGCGAUUCCAUGGCAGGGCGUUCUCAGACUCCUGCGUCCAGUCAACCAAGUCUAACUUGGUGUACGACUUGGCACAGAUGCCCUCUGGAACCACCGGUAUAAAGGUGAUGUACAUGGAGGAGGAGAGAGUGUUCAGCAUCGAGCAGGUCACCGGCAUGCUGCUGACCAAACUGAAGGAGACGGCUGAAAGUGCAAUGAAGAAACCGGUUGCAGACUGUGUGAUCUCUGUGCCAAGCUAUUUCACUGAUGCAGAGAGGAGGUCUGUCAUGGAUGCAGCUCAGAUUGCGGGCCUCAACUGUCUACGACUAAUGAACGACACCACUGCAGUUACUCUGGCAUAUGGCAUCUACAAGCAGGACCUGCCAGCCCCAGAAGAGAAGCCCAGGAACGUGGUGUUUGUGGACGUGGGCCACUCCGGUUACCAGGUGUCAGUUUGUGCCUUCAACAAGGGAAAGCUCAAGAUCCUGGCCUCAGCGUUUGAUUCCGAGCUCGGCGGGAAGGAUUUGGACGACAUCUUGGUCAACCACUUCUAUGAGGAGUUUGGAAAGAAGUACAAACUAGACGUCAAGACCAGACCCCGGGCACUGGUGCGGCUCUACCAAGAGUGUGAGAAGCUCAAGAAGCUGAUGAGCGCCAACUCCUCCGACCUGCCGCUCAACAUCGAGUGCUUCAUGAACGACAUCGACGUUACAGGGAAACUCAACAGAGGUCAGUUUGAGGAGAUGUGUGCGGGGCUGCUGGCCAAAGUCGAGGGUCCCCUGCGCAGUGUCAUGGAACAAGCCAAGCUGAAAAAGGAAGACAUCUACGCAGUGGAGAUCGUCGGUGGUGCCUCCAGAAUCCCUGCCAUCAAGGAGCGAAUCAGCAAAUUCUUCGGCAAAGAGCUGAGCACCACCCUGAACGCGGACGAGGCCGUGGCCAGAGGCUGUGCUCUGCAGUGUGCCAUCUUGUCACCAGCGUUCAAAGUCAGAGAGUUCUCCAUCACAGAUGUUGUCCCCUACUCCGUCUCCCUGAAAUGGAAUUCAGCCGUUGAAGACGGAGUGAGUGAUUGUGAAGUUUUCCCAAGGAACCACGCAGCUCCCUUUUCCAAGGUUUUGACCUUCUACCGGAAAGAGCCCUUCACCCUUGAAGCCUACUACAACAACCCCAAGGAGCUGCCCCACCCCAGCAACACUAUAGGUCAGUUCCUUGUCCAGAAUGUGGUUCCUCAGGCAUCUGGGGAGAGUGCAAAGGUCAAGGUGAAGGUUCGGGUCAAUGUUCACGGUGUGUUCAGUGUAUCGAGCGCGUCGCUCGUUGAAACCAUCAAAACAGCUGAGGGCGAGGAGCCAAUGGAGACGGACCAGACAGUGAAGGACGAGGAGAACAAAAUGCAGGUGGACCAGGAGGAUCAGAAACUUCAGGCCGGAGACAACGAAGACAAGAAAUCUGAGGCUGAGGAGAUGGAGACAGCAGCAGAGGACGCCAAGCAGGAGAAGAAGAACGACCAGCCUCCUCAGGCCAAGAAACCCAAAGUGAAAACGAAGACAGUGGAGCUGCCCAUAGAGAACAAUUUGCACUGGCAGCUGUCCGUCGAAGUACUAAAUACGUUUGUGGAGAAUGAGGGUAAAAUGAUCAUGCAGGAUAAGCUGGAGAAGGAGAGGAACGACGCAAAGAACAAUGUGGAAGAGUACGUGUACGAGAUGAGGGACAAACUGCACGGCGUCCUGGAGAAGUUUGUGAACGAAGCUGAUCGUGAUGCAUUCUCAUUGAAACUGGAGGACACAGAAACGUGGCUGUAUGAGGACGGAGAGGACCAACAGAAACAAGUUUACAUUGACAAACUGACUGAAUUGAAGAAAAUGGGCCAACCUAUACAACAGAGAUGCAUGGAAGCCGAGGAGAGGCCAAAGGCAUUCGAGGAUCUUGGCAGACAAAUCCAAAUGUACAUGAAGAUCAUUGAAGCUUACAAGGCAAAGGAUGAGCUGUACGAUCACUUGGAUGAGCUGGAGUUGACUCGGGUGGAGAAGCAAGCGAACGACGCCAUGGCCUGGAUGAACAGCAAGAUAAACCAGCAGAACAGUCAGGACCUCACGCUGGAACCAGUGGUAAAAGUUGAGGAGAUCAAGGCCAAGACUAAGGAGCUUUAUUUAGCUUGCAACCCCGUGGUGUCCAAACGCAAACCCAAGGUGGAGCCUCCUCAGGAGGAGAAGACAGAGAAUGGACCAGUGAAUGGGCAGGAGGGAACCGAGAGCCAGCUGAGCAACCAAGACAAAGCCACAUCCGCAGGGACGGAACAGGGAACGGCAGAGAGCAAGCUCCCCGAAAUGGACAUUGAUUAACUGUUGCCCGAGUUUCACCUUCGUCUCUCCUGCUACUCCUCCCCCGGUUCGGUCGUCCUUCUGAGAUUGUUAUUGAUGAUACAGUAGCCUCUCUCCUUCUUGAAGACAGCAGCAUACGUGAUCAAUACAGCUCAUCCACUGACCUCCUUGACAUGUCAUCUCUCAUUUUCUUUGAACACAAAAAAUGAAUUAAUAAUAAUUCAAUAAUAAUAUUGAAUGGACUACUUUAUGACAACAGUUGUGAAUGUGCGAUGAAAACUGCUUUCUCUAUGUUUCGUUGUUGGCCAUUAAGUUAAAUAUUGUUCUAUUCAGCAGCUCCAGACCCCGUGUAAGCUCGGAAUGUCAGUCUAAGUUGUUCUGGAAAACUAGUAAUGAACACAGGAUUCAUGAAAAUGUAGAAACAGUGGCACUUGUAAAACGAACAUGGAUUGUUCCAAAUUGUACAUGACAUUUUUUCCACUAAAAAUAAUUGUAACUGCUGGAUUAUUACCUAUUUAGUUUCAAAAGGAAAGACUGAGUUUUUGAGUUUACUUUUGCUGUAUGUUAAAACUAGAUAAUACAAGUCACCGUCAUGCAGUAUGUCAUUGUUUGGCUUUUCUCAUUCAGAAGCAACGGUCCAUUGGUUGUUCUCUUGUAGCCUCGUAUUGCGUUUUUUUUCUACUUGUGAAUGCUGGUCUGACAAAUCACCUUCUGGGUGCUGCUGUUGCCACGUCACAGAAAAAAAAGCUAAAAUAAAUAAAUAAAAAUGUAAAAGCA